ACAAUAAUACGUAAUAUUUUGAGAUAUUGUAUAUUCUCUUUUGCAAUGUUGCUUAGGAGAUUGUUCCCUGCACAUCUGGCAUUGGAGAGAUUGGAUAUACCUGUGAUGUAUUUAGAUAAUCCAGUCAAAUUGGUACAGAUAUCAGAUAUACAUUAUGAUGAAUAUCCUAUUAGAAUACAUGAUGAGUUCAUGGACAAAGUCAUCAAGACUGUCAAUGCACAAGAUCCCGACAUCAUCGUCAUAACAGGUGAUCUUGUACAAUUCAAGCCAGAGCCCAUCCAUGAGUUACUCAAGAAGCAUCUCUCAAAGUUAUCAGCAAGACAUGGAGUAUAUUGUAUACUUGGUAAUCAUGAUUAUAAGACUGAUCAUGGGCCAGAGACUAUUGUUGGAGCACUUAAGGAUAGUAAUAUUACAAUGUUGGUCAAUGAGACUGUGUAUCCGAUGGGAAAGGGACAGGGUAAAUUGCAAUUGGUUGGACUUGGAGAUUAUAGUAGGAAGCGUGCCAACUUUAGAUUGGACUGUGUUGCAGCCGACCUUGCAAUGAAGAACACAGCACGAGUAGUACUAUCACACAAUCCAGACAGUGCACGCGAGUUGGAACCCUACGACAUUGACCUGGUACUCUCUGGACAUACACAUGGUGGCCAGAUCUGUUUCCCGAAUGGCUCACCAAUCAUUCCAGUGUUGGACAACAUAUUCCUGUUGUUGCCACGCGCAUUGUUAGCAGGCAUUAGCUAUCCACGCAAGGUUGUAAAGAAUUGGAAAUGGUGUCGUGGACAUCAUAUUCUGAAUGGAGCACAGUUGGAGCCACCCAAGAAUCCACAACGACCAAUGCAUCUCUAUGUCAACCGAGGAUUGGCAACACAUCCUCCCAUGCGACUCUUUUGCGAUCCAGAGAUCACUGUUGUCGACCUGAUACCAAAGCAG